AUGUCUCCUGGAUACUUAAUAGUGUUGUUUCUCCUUGGAGUUUUAGUUCUCUCUACAUCUUCCUCGCUCUCUGAUAAUCACCUGCCUUUUAAGGGUAGGGUGGAAAAAUCAUCCCAUAAACAUCAUCAUGAACACUUUUUCUUGGAGGAUAAGCCUCCUAAAGAUAAGGGGGAAAAGUCACUCUCGGAACACAGACUACCAUUUGAAAAGUCACUUUCACAAUGCAAACCACUAUUUGAAAGGCCAUCCCCAUCAUUUGAAAAACCUCCCUUGGAGCACAAACCCCUCUUUGAAAAGCCAGCCCCGGAACACAAAGCAUCAUUUGAAAAACCAUCCCCAGAACACAAAUCACCAUUUGAAAAGCCACCUGGCAAGGGUAAUACUCCACACCCAGGACAUAUCUUGAUAGAGAAGGCAGAUGAUCACUUAGAUGAGCCUCUUAAAGGCAAAAGAGAGAAGCCACCCCUAGAUCGUAAACCACAAUUUGCAAAUCCGGCCCCAAAACACAAACCAACAUUUGAAAAUCCACCCCCAGAAUACAAACCACCAUUUGAAAAUCCACCUUCGAAACACAAACCACCAUUUGAAAAGCCACCUUCAAAACAUAAACCACCAUUUGAAAAGCCACCUAACGAGGGUAAUCCUCCACAGCCAGGACACAUCUUGAUAGAGAAGCCACCUCCGGAGCACAAACCACCAUUUGAAAAGCCAUCCCCGGAAUACAAACCACUGUUUGAAAAGCCACCUCCGGAACACAAACCACCAUUUGAAAAGUCACCCCCGAAAUACAAGCCACCAUUUGAAAAGCCACCCCCGGAACACAAAUCACUAUUUGAAAAUCCACCCCCAAGGCAUAAAUCACCCUUUGAAAAGCCACCCCCAGAGCACAAACCACCCUUUAAAAAGCCACCUAGCAAGGGUAAUCCUCCACAUCCAGGACACAUCUUAAUAAAAAAGGCAGAGGAUCACUCAGAUGAGCCUCCUAAAGGUAAAAAGGAGAAGCCAUCCCCAGAACACAAACCACCAUUUGAAAAGCCACCUCCAGAGCACAUACCACCCUUUAAAAAGCCACUUGGCAAGGGUAAUCCUCCACAUCUAGGGCACAUCUUGAUAGAAAAGAUGGAGGAUCACUCAGAUCAACCUCCCAAAGGUAGGUGGGAGAAGCCACCUUUGGAAUAUAAACCACCCCAUGAAUAA